AGGGCUGCCUGAGAAAAGGGCAGACAGACCCCUCACUCCCCCGCCACUGCCACACCCAGCCUGGAGCUGCACCGGGGCUCGGUGUCUGUGGGCCCUGGGGACACACGUCCCUCUGGCCCAGCCCAGAUCCACGUCGGGCCCUCUCUCCCCACAACCUACUCGGAGGCCCCAGGGCACUCGGAGUCCUAACUAGCCCCUAGGGUUCAGGGAGAAUGACACGCUGGGUAGGGGACACUGUGCUCCAGAGGGUCCACUGCCCACUGCCCGUGGCCCAUGGCACGUGUGGAGGCCCGGGAGAGAGAAAGAAUGGGUGUGGUGGGAGGGGCUCCCACAGAAGGUGGCAGGGACAGGAAAGCCAGCACGGAUAACCAUGAGGGCCUCGAAUGCCAGGCCCUCCCACCCAGGACCCUCAGCCCCAGACUCGUCACCCAUCUACUCUUUCAUCCAACACCAGGCAUGUUCAGCACCACUGAGUCUGGGUGAACCAGCCCUGCACCUGACCGCACUGUGGGUCACCUGGACAGAGAACAGAGCCGUUUAGGUCCUACUGUGAAGGGGGGCUGCCAAGGGGGGACCCUGCUGAAAGGUGAGGGGGUCAAGGACCUCCUGCCCUGCAGGAGUGGGGUGAGUGGGGGCUGCCAGGCAAAUGGUGGUGGGGCAUCCAGGCUUGGGAACAGCCUGAGGAAAGGCCCAGGUGAUGGGUUAGAGCAGGUGAAAGAGACGGCCCGGAUCCAGGCAGGCCGUGUGGGACAGGCUGGGACCCUGGGCUGCCUCCCGAGGGCUGGGGCAUGGCACAGAGUCCCCAGGACCCCUGAAGGGCUUGAAUGGGAGUUCCGGGGAGAACGAUGAAUUCCUGUACUGUGUGGGGAGAUGGCGGUGGCCGGACUAUGGUGCACGGAGCUGGCCUUGGCCAGUGAGGUCUGUGGGCUUGGCGACCACUGCCGCCGUCCCCUGACUGUGAUGGGUGCAGCAGCUUGGAGCCGAGAAUGUGGGCUCUGCUCCUGACCCUGGUCUGGGGGCCUUCAUUCCACUUCCCGACACCCUGCCUGACGCUGGUCCCAGCCCCCCGCCUCUCAUUGGGCCCCACCGAAGACAGCAUGAUGUCGGGGGGCAGGUCCGGCUCACCCAAGCCUGCCAGUGUCGCUCCCUGGGGUCCCCUGUGGGCAUCACCCCGCCCCCGGCCCUGCCGGCCCGGCCCUGCAUGGGUUCCCCGAGCCCCAGGCCGGAUCCCCUGCGGCCUCGGUGGUUCCCAGAGCCCUCCCGGGGGGCCUUCUCCACGGCGCGUCGCCCGGGCCCCAGCGGUCGCUAGGCUGCAGGUUGGAAUUCGCGGCCGGGCCGGGCGCUGGCGGCGGUGGCGGAAGCGGCGGCGCGGAUGGCGGCGGAGCCCGGGCGCUCGUGGGUCCAGGCGCGCAGAGCGUACGGGGCCAGCGAGGUGCUGCGCCGCGCCGCGGGCCGCCGGCGGGGCCCCGGGCCGCAGCCCAACGGACCGGGCUCCGAGGAAGCCCGCGCCCCGGGACGCCUUGCUCGCCUGCGGGGCCAGCUCCGGGCCGAGGCGGCGGCGCGGGCGGAGGCGCCGCGGCUGCUGCGGCUGGUGGAGCGCGCGGAGGCCGCGGCGGAGGCCGCGGCGGGGGCCGGGGAGCGGGCGGCGGCCGCCGGGGAGCGGGCGGACCCGCGCAGCCGCGACUCCGUGUGCUCGGUGUGCGGGGAGCCGCGCGGCGGGGCCACCUACCCGGCGGGCGUCCUGGAGGUGAGCGAGCGGCGGCUGCAGGAGGGCCUGGCGGCCGUGCGCGCUGAGCUGGGCGCGGGGCUCGAGGCGCUGCGCGCAGAGCUGCGGGCCGAGCUGGACGCCCUGCGGGCGCUGCUGCCGCCCCCGCCGUCGCCGCCGCCGCCGCCGCCGCCGCCCGCCCGCCGCGCUCCCCGUGCUGCGCCCCGCGGCGCGGCCCUGCUGCGGGCGCUCGGCACCGUGAACGCCCUGGCCGCGGCGGCGAGGCCCCCCGACGACGGCGCGAACGGCCCCGCCGACGGCGGCGCGAACCGGGCCCCGGCUCGGAGGAGCUUCAAGAAGACGCCGGGGGCGCCAGGGGCUUCGCAGGGCGGCGGGGAUUGAGGGCGGCCGAGCCAAGGGUGGCCCGCGCGAGGUGCCCAAGGCGCCGCCACUGGCGGGUGGGACCCUGACAAUGGACAGCCCGCGCCCUCCAGGAGCGAGAAGGGUUUUCGGAGGCCUCCUGCCAGCGCUCCAGGGUGGGGGGCGGGCGGCGGGGCGGCGGGGCCUUGCGCCUGCGGAGCGGACAGCUCGCG